AAAUCUGUUUAACUUUCUGGCUCCAGUAGAUUUAAAAAAAAAAAAAAGUUUUCCACCGGAGUACCCCUUUAAGCACCCAACAAGAUUGAAAGUCUGUGUAAAUAAAGUUUAUUGAAAAGAACAAAGUGUGGGAAGAAGUGACCUUGUUUUCUACAGCAAUUAAGAGUCAUAGGCCCAGAUUUAUCAAACUAUGUGAGGGAAAAAAUAGAGAGAUUUUCCCACAGCAACCAAUCACAGCUCAGCUUUCACUUUACCUCAGCUCGUUAGCUGUGCUGUGAUUGGUUGCUGUGGGAAAAUCUCUCUAUUUUCUCUCACACAGUCUGAUAAAUCUGGGCCAUAGAGCUCAUGCACACUACGGAUUUCUGCAGAAAAUUCAGUGCAAAAUUAUCCCUGAUUUCGGGUAGGGCGGAUCCACUGACUAAAUUCAGCUGAAUUUAUGUAGUGUGCAUGGGCAAUUUGGCCUACUUUUUCUGAUGCCCACAGUGGUCUUCUCAACAAACUUUAUGUAAACCAUCCCAGUAAACCCCUUUCUUAAUUUUCAAAAUUUAUGCGAUUUUAUUGUAUUUUUCUGUAAAAGGCAGUUUUUCAACAAGGUGGACACAUUUUGUUAUUUUUCUAGAUUUAUGGGAAUGGCCGAUCGAGAUUAAGGAGAGUAGUCAAAACUUUGGAUGACGAUGUUGUCCACCUUGUUGAAGCUGUUAAAAUGUUCUGCUUUUGUCUCAUUUCUAGCAGGAGAAAAGUCUUGAAGAUAUGACUUGAGUAUCUUAUUGACAGUGGCCUUGUGACUUUGUUAUAAUGGAACUACUAGUCACAACAUUCUCUGACGGCUGGAAGCCGCAACAUGUCUGCCCGUGUCGUAUACCUUAUGAUCUUACUUAAUUUGUUCUAUUUUCUGGUCUUUUACCGCUUAUCCCCAUGCACAGUGACUACUUGUUCUUUCUUGCACUCACUUCGCUGACGUCCUUUCCCCCACUAAUCCUGUGUGUAUUGUUGCAGGGUCGGUUGUACACUCCGCUUUGAUAUCGGAACUGGCCCUUCUGCCCUCGAUGACACGACUUUCUUGGUGAUCGAGAAAAUCAUGCUCCUCCCGCUGCCCCUGCACCUCAACCUGUGAAACCCCACAGAUUGAAACGUCUGGAUGUAUCGCUCACAGGAACAGUUUGGAUCCCGCUUUCCCCGUGACCCCUUCAUCAGUGGAAUCAACUCAUCAUGGAACUCUGCUCACCCCCGGCCAUGGGUCCCUUCAGGCAGAUGCUCCACCAACCUUAACCAACCUCAGCUGCCCCCACACCUAUCGUCUAGUCAUGCGACAAACCUUGGCCACCCCAGCAAACCCUAUUACCCUCUUGGCUCUCCUCCUGGCCAUCGCUAUGGGAAGUUAGAACGGGUACACUCUUGCGUCCAGCUCCUCCUGCGCGAUGAGAAGCAGCCGCAGAUCUGGGAGCAGUUGGGUCAGAUCUAUGAGUCUGAGCAGGAGCUGGAGGACGCUGUGCAUUGCUACCAGGCUGCCGCGCGCUACCACAGAGGCUAUGAGCUGAAUGCCCACAUCUCCCGGCUGCAGCAGACUCACCUAUGGAACCUCCACUCCUCUCCUCCGCACCAUCGCCCCAAAUCUCUGCCUCGCCUACAACAAGUAUUUGACCUGAUGCAACACGAGCAAAAGAGGCAUUUUGGAGUCAAAAGAGGACCCCCACCAUUGAAGCGGCCCGUUCCCAGCGCUGAUGUGCCGCCACUCCAGUCACCCCCGCACAGUCAGCUUGGAGGAGAUGAGCAGCCCAUGAAACGGAGAAGAAGUGGAAGCCCCGAACAGCAAAGAAGGGGUAACCCUGGUCUUCAUUCUCCUCCGGUGCCAGUGGGUCCUGGCAAUGUUUACCAUCAAGCACCUGCUAAACCGAAUGUCUGGAACCCACUAAACCACGAGCCCUGGGGGGAGCGCCGGGAGAGGCAGGAUCCCCGUAUUCCACCCCAUGUUCCCUCUUACUCUUCAUACUGCCCCUCACGUCCACCACCACCACUACACCAGCAGCCCCGCCCUCCAAGUGACCUUAGUGAGGCUCGGUGUCAGAGGUCACCUGCGGAGGUCAUUCCAGCACCACCUCCUCUCCACGUGCCUUACGACCAGAGAAGACCCCGCAUCCCAACACAGAAGACCUCUAGGACUGAUGUGCCCCCUCCCUCUGAUCGCUAUCCCACCCCAGUGGACACCACGGUCAGUAUCUGCCCUCCUCCAGAAGAGCCAGACCCAGCGAAAACAAUAUGCCCACCGCUCCAACCCCAGCCACCUUCCACUCCCUCGAUACAGCAAAGCUGGGUGCCAGCCCCAGUCAAGGAGGAGGCAAAGAGUGACGAUGAACUGGAGGAGAUUCUGUUUAGUGAGGGUCCUGGCACCGUCAAACAAGAGGGUUAUUAUUCACCUUGCGAUACCCCAGUGGGAGGCAACGUCUUUGAUCAUCGAACUCAGGGCAUCACCACCAGCAAAGUCAGGCCUAGGUCUGAGGCCUUCCAGGAUGCCAACCUGGAUCAUGUGCUCAAGAGCCUGCAAAAAAUUGAUGAAUCUGGGUUAUUUGCCCCAAAGAAAGAGGAGGUAAUAGAACAAGAAAUUAGGAAAAGCCCUCAGACUCCAGAGCUGGACAUGAAAGGCAAAAACUUAAGCCAUGGACUGUCUAUGUCCGAGGGCAGCUAUUCAGGAGGAAAGAAGUCACCAGCUCAAGAGGACAAUGCCUCGUUCUGUUCUUCUUCUACAACCUACCACAAAGAUACCUCAGGAAACCUUCAGGUGCUGGGUUUAGCUGCUCCACCCACAGCACCCUCUUCAGUCUUGACUCCGACAUCUUUAAGUCCGAAUCCAGCCUUGUCAGAGAGCAACCAACAGGAGGAUGUGAAAGACCAGCCCUCCGGAUGCAAGCAACUCUUUGACUUUCCUUCGGGACAGCUGGCUGAACCCUUUGAAGAAGCCACGGAGUUUGCAAAGAUUUUACCCGAUGGCUUGGACAACAUUAUGAAGAUGCUAGACGAGUCUAUAGAAAAGGAGGAAGGGAACCGCAGUUGUACAGAUGAAGACUUUAAUUCUCCUGCCCCUCCCGCCUGCCCACCAGCAGAGACCAGAGCAACGCCCCACCUCAAAGGUCCAGCUCAGACCAUCUUGAGCAACCCUGUUUCUGGUGCCAAGCCUCCAGAACCCAAAUCUGGAGAGGUGCAUACCUACUAUGGACCUAAAAAAGCAAUAUUGGGGCAAGAAGCUGUUAGCGAAGCUAAACCUGCUCAGCAUGGGGGCAAUAGUGUGCUUAAAUCCCUGGCAAGUGUUCUAGAGGGUCAGAAGUAUUCUUACCGUGGAGGACACAGCCUCAAAACUGGAGGGGGUUCGUCCUAUUAUACUGGUGCUACUAUGGUGAGCAAGCGUAAUGUUGACCCGUACACUGCGCAAUCUACCUCACACCGGGCCUGGGACUCUAAGAUUGGAGCCGCCCCUACCUCAGAUGUGGCGGGACGUGAAAGGGUGCUAGCUGUGAGGCCCGCAGUCCGCACAGAGACGGACAUUUUAGAGGACAUAGCACGUGCUUGUGAAACAUUGGUGGAAGGCACAAAGGGGUCUGGGAGCACUUGUUCCAGGGAGGAAGAAGAGCAGGAUGAGGAGGAAAAAGGAGCACAAAGACCUGAUAUUGCAGUGGAAAAUAAACUUGACCACAUUUGGGGUGCUGAAAAACAAGACUCUGCUACUAAAGCUGAAAUUGUCUGGGUUGGUGAAAAGGCAGAUGGUGCAAAAAAACUUGAACCCUCCAUUGUAAUGGAGGAAUCUGAAAGCAUGGCCAAGAAAAGCCCAGAACCACGAUGGGAUGUUGAGACUACAGAGGCGAAAGAGGAAAUUAAGCAAGAGACUUCCUGGGCCGAAAAUCUGAUCGACCCAGCGCCGAGACCUAGCAAGGCACUCGAUGGAGAAUUAAAGAAGAUAUUUAAGGUAAAGUCUCCUGCUGAGAAGACCGAAGGGUCUCCGGCUGCAUCAGUCGAAGAAUGUAUCUUGAAUGCGCAGACGCAGUCUGUAAAAGAAUUAACAAAGACUGAGAAACGCCAUAGAGGUGCAGAAUGGGAAUUGCCCAAAAAAUGUGCUGAGAUAACCCAGAAAACCUAUGAAGGUACCUCUUCUGAAAUGCCAAGGAUGGAAAAUGACGACAGACUCACUCCAGGCGAAUCAUCCACGGCCGUAGCCGAGUCACAGGGUGAGAGUGUAAAAGCUGUGGAAGCGGAGAGACCCCAGGAGAGGAUAACUCUGUCUAUUCCUAACCGAAAUAAAGACGAGAGUAGAAAGAAAGACAGGAGGCAUCGGAAAACCAAAAGGGACAGGAGCAGGCGUUCGAAAGAAAGGCGGUCGCAGAAGGACAAGGAAAGGCAAAUCUUGGGCAACUUGGACCUGCAGAGCCAGUGUAGAGAUGCUCCUAAAUCUUCAAAGCAAGGAUCUGGAGGAGACCGAAGAAAGGUGGAAGGAGGCGGCAGAAGGUGCUUGGAGGAUGGCCACCACAACCAGUCCUCCUCGCCUGCCGCUCCCGUCUCCGCACCAGCCCCUGUUUCCCAUGGAACGCCGAGCUCUGAUCUGUUGAAGAUGAGACCCUUUACUGAAGGGCCACCUAAGGAACUGAAGAUAAGACUGAUCAAGGUGGAGAGCGGAGACCGCGAGACCUUCAUUGCAUCAGAGGUGGAGGAGAAGAGGUUACAGGCUAGCGAACUGACUGUUAACCACACCGCUGCUGAAAUCGUCAGAGCCACCAAGAAUAUGGUGCUGAAGGGGAAAUAUAAAGAGUCUUACUUCCUUCCUUCUAUGUCUGUGAAGCCUCCCAUGGGAACUGAGAGAAACCUUCCUAGGGAGAAGCUGAACCCUCCAACACCCAGCAUUUAUCUGGAGAGUAAGAGAGACGCCUUUUCCCCGGUUCUGCUCCAGUUCUGCACUGACCCUAAGAACCCGAUCACAGUGAUUCGUGGGCUGGCUGGAUCCCUGAGAUUGAACCUCGGCCUCUUCUCCACAAAGACCUUGGUGGACGCCAAUUCAGACCACACUGUAGAGGUCCGUACUCAGGUGCAGCAGCCAUCCGACGAAAAUUGGGACCCAUCUGGGACUCGCCAGGUCUGGCCCUGCGAGAGCAGCCGCUCCCACACUACCAUCGCCAAAUACGCCCAGUACCAGGCCUCCUCUUUCCAAGAAUCUUUGCAGGAAGAAAAAGACAGUGACGAUGAGACUAACGAACCCGAUAGUACCACAGAAACCCCACCACCCAGCACAAACCCGGAGCACAAGGCCCCCCAUAUUAUUAAGUUUGGAACCAACAUUGACCUCUCCGAUCCUAAAAGGUGGAAGCCUCAGUUGCAGGAGCUGCUGAAGUUACCGUCUUUCAUGCGUGUGACGUCUAAUGCCAACAUGUUAAGUCAUGUCGGUCAUACGAUCCUUGGGAUGAACACGGUGCAGCUCUACAUGAAGGUGCCAGGGAGUCGCACACCAGGACAUCAGGAAAACAACAACUUCUGCUCAGUGAAUAUUAACAUUGGUCCCGGAGACUGUGAGUGGUUCGCUGUCCAUGAAAAUUACUGGGAGAACAUCAGUGCCUUCUGUGACAAGCAUAACGUGGAUUACCUGACAGGCUCCUGGUGGCCCAUUUUGGAGGAUCUUUACCGAGCUGAUAUCCCAGUGUAUCGGUUUGUGCAGCGGCCCGGAGAUCUAGUCUGGAUAAACGCUGGAACCGUUCACUGGGUCCAGGCCACAGGAUGGUGCAACAACAUUGCCUGGAACGUUGGGCCCUUGACACCUUACCAGUACCAGCUGGCUCUGGAACGUUUUGAGUGGAAUGAGGUCAAGAACGUGAAAUCCAUUGUCCCCAUGAUCCACGUGUCGUGGAAUGUGGCCAGAACCGUGAAGAUUACAGACCCAGACCUGUACCGCAUGAUAAAAUAUUGUCUUUUGCAAUCCAUAAAGCGGUGUCAGAUCCAGCGUGACAGUCUGAUCCGUGGCGGUAAGAAGAUCGCCUAUCAAGCUAGAGUCAAAGAUGAACCAGCCUACUACUGCAAUGAGUGUGACGUGGAAGUUUUUAACAUCCUAUUUGUCACCAGUGAGAGCGGGGGUAAGAACACUUACCUGGUGCACUGUGAGUCCUGCGCUCGGAUGGCCAAUAUCUCCUCAAGCAACGUUGUCAUUCUGGAGCAGUACAGAAUAGAGGAACUUAUGCAGCUAUACGACAACUUUCACCUGGCCCCACCUCCAAGCACACGGUGAGCCCUUGCUCCUUCUUCUUUUUCUGCUCCUGCAACAGUCUCCUCCCACCUCCUCCGCCGAGCCAGCCAAUCAAAAACUCUCCCCUCUUCCCAGGACCAGUGAGAAGAGGGACGGUGCUACUUAACCAGCCAAUUGCAAUUGAGAGAGAGAGAGAAAGAGAGAGAGAGUGUGCGUCACGAAACAAGAGCGAGAGAGGAAGGGAGGGUAGGAGGGAGACGAGCCAGUUAUGGAUCGGCAGCUCAUAUUUCACUCUCUCCAGCCAAUCACAGGCCUUGUUUACACAGAUCCCGUUCUCCUUUUCGCGGGAACAGCCAAUCAGGAUGCAGGAUUCUACAUGUCUUUUGUUAUUUUGUUGAUAACUAUUUUUUUUUUCCUCAUAUUGUUUGUUUUUUGUAAUUUUAUCAGGAAUAUUUAUUCUGAAAUCUUGAAUUUGUGACUUUUGAGGGCGGGGGGGGGGGGGGGUAUUGAGGGGAUUUUAUUUUUUUUUUGCAGGUGGGGCACUGAGUGCAUUUUUAAUUCUUUUUUUAAAUUAAGUUCAGAGUGGUUCUCUGCUAUUGAAAAUAGUGUGUGUGGGCGCUCUCUGUGUGACAGAGGGGCGCUGACCAGGCUAAUGCUGUAUUAUUGAAUGGGUAUGUUGGAAAGUAUCUGCGGGUGGGAUAGGGGAGGGAGAACCUCAAGUGAUUGUGAUUCUUGAAAUGUAGAGAUAGUCAUUGAAAGCUGUGGUAAAUGCUUGGACUGGGUGCCCGCAGAAGGAGGCAUCUCGUGUAAUGACGAUUGCAUCACUUAUGAGUCCGUGGGGGCGGGGGAGGGGAUAGUAUUGGAGGUGGGUUUAAGGGUAACAAGACAACACUGUUGGGCGGAGGCAUGGCGCAGUUCACUUAUUAAAACCCCACUGUGAUGGUGGGAGAUCAUGGACUGUGCCGAGGUCUAAGAGGAGCCCUCCUUUAAUGAGUUGAAAAAAACAUAAAUGGCACCCUUACCACUGCAAAUGAAUUAACCUCUCUCCGGGUUGUGUUUUGACGAGAAAGAGAUACGGGUUUUUAUAAAUAUAUAUAUAGAGAUAAAUAUCUAUUCAGCGCGGACUCCUCCCCUUUUAACCAUUUCCUUGGAUUUUUUUUUUUUUCCACCCGUUUUCCUGUUCUCUGUAAUAUAGAAAUUUAUAAAUAAAUAUAUAUAUAGAGAGAUUUGGUUUAACUUACCUAUGGAACGUUUCCCAUCUGCUGGUUACUUCCCUUAUUUUGCUUGUAGUGUCUGUUUUUUUAUUUGUUGUAUUUUUGUUUAAUUCCUGUCUUUCUUGAAUAUUUUAUAAUGUUUUUAUUGUUGAAUGCUUUUGUUUCCCCCCCUCCCCCCAUGUAAAUCUUUAAACCUCUCACUUCACAAAACCACAGGCCAGUCCUUUUGCCAGCUUAUUGUUAAGGUCCCCCCUCCCCCACAUUAGGCCCUGCCUUGUCACAGGCUCCGCCCCCUGUAAGCAUGCCCCACCCCCUUAAACAUGCCUUCUGCUUCUUAGGUUAAUGGUGUCCCUAAUAUUCCUUAAGGCGCACACUCACAAGCUAAAAAUCACUGUAUUUAUUGACCGUAGCAAAGGUAGGCCGUUUUACACGAGAUACCCUACCCCUAAAUAAAUGGGGAAACCCUGACCAUGUUCCUCCUAUGUGAUUUCAGAGCUGAGACUGUGAAUUCUAGUUGUUAAAUUGGUGUCUAAAUGGUUGCUUUUGGCGCUUACAGAUGUUAUCACCAAACCUAUUGUGGCCCAUGUACAAUGUGGGCUGGGCUUGGGGUCCUAGUAGUUCUUUGGGUGCCUCAUAUAUUGGCUGCCCCCCUUUCACUGCUCAUGGAUACUGAAGAUAUGUUAAAUUGAAGGGUCCAGUGUUGAGAUACGUAGCUGAUAUAUUAGCUUUAGCAUUAAAACUGAAAUAAAAAGUAUUUUGUAGGUUUGAAAAACCCUACGGGCAGCUGUGGAACCAAAAAAGUAUGAUGGAGUUAUUUUUAUUAUAAGAGUCGAGGCUGGAAUCAGCGAUAUCCAGGAUGGAACGAAGUAUGACAUUUUUUUUAUUUUUUUUCCAAAGCUUUUUUUUUUUCAUUUUUUUUUUUCUAAAAAAUAAUUAAUAAAAAUUAUUUGUUAAAGUCUGGUUUUUCAAGAGCAGUCUGAAUUUUUCCUACUUAAAAGAUAACUAUUCUAUAAAUAACUAGGACUCAAUUGAAGAGACACUUAUAAUUAUGGGUGGGUAUCGUUGCUAUAAUAUAAGGUAGCCUAAAGAUGGUCUUACACAUUAGAUGACUGGUCCCAUCAAAAUCAGCAAGUUUUUCAGACAGUCAACCAUUUAUGGGACAUCUCAACUCUUCUCUUUCGGCAGAGGUCUGGGAAGAGAAGGAUCAUGUGCACACUUGGCCGAGCCAAGGGUCUAUAUGACUAGGGGUUUGGAGGAAAGAUUGUUUGACUGAUGGCUAUCAUAGGUGUAUGGCUAGCCUAGGGUUGUGUUUAUUUUAGAAGAGGGAUCCCCUUCAUGGUGAUCUGCUCAAAGAGAACAAGGCCUAGAAAUCUGGUACUGGGAAGCAUUUUGGUUGGCCACACGUUGGCCAGUCUUGGAACCCUUGAGAUGAAGGAAGGAUUAUGGUCCAAUUUUUACCAGAUGAGGCCACAAGAACUUGUUCCAUAUAUUGUUGUUUAUGACCAGAUUUGACUCCUCAGCCUGGGGACUUUUACUCCUUCAGAAGGACAGUCAUGAACUAUAGGACAAAAAAAAACUUCUUAUACUGGUUGAUUGGUCAACUCUCACAGCUGUAUUGAAGUUUUUGAAGACUUCUUGUGUCAUAUAUUGUACCCAACUAGAUAGUUGGGGAUCUAGAUAAGACCAAAGAUACUGUAAGAUAUUGAUUACACAGCUAUAAAUGCAGCAUAGACAUUAUCUGUCCCUCACCUGAUGAGUAGACUAGGUGAGUUGACAUUGUAUAACGUUAGGCUGAGAUGGGGGAUGGUCUUCCUGUGGAAGAUUGUCAUUAAAGUUUAGAAUUCGAGGUAAGUUUUAGGGAAAUAGUUUGGUGAACACUCAGUAGUCGGCUGGGACAGAGCUGUAAUGUCUCGUGUUACUGGCCCACCCUCUGGUAUCUGGACGUUUUCCAUUCCGUUAAGAGCUGAACACUGGAUCCUUUUCUUUAACUUUAUCACGGUGUCUUGAUCGCCAAAAGGGACUCUCUAGACAUCAGUCACUCCCUGAUCACAGAUGUGUAACAUGAUAUAGUGUUACCUUCAUAGUGCACCCACUAUGGGCGAGAAUAUGGGGAAUCUGGUAGGUUCAUCACAACAACUCCCAUUUGGACACCAUCUUCUACAAGGUGUAUAGAAAUGAAUGCACCUUUUUGCUCUCCCAUGCUCAACAGGUGGAAAGAACACCCUUCAGAGGCCAGUGUUGAAUGUGACAAAACCUUUAGUACACCUUUUACCACUCUAGCUACACCACAAAGGAUUUGGGGCAGAGGGUCAUAUAUGCAAAACAUAAAGGUCCAUCACUAAACCACUCGUCCUACCACCAUCAUCCAGAGUGUAGAGUCCAACAUUAAUGGUUGAAACGUAUGUCCAGUUAUACCUCCUGUUCUACUAUCACCUGUCUGUAGUAGUCACUGUUGAUGGUCGAAACGUAUGUGGAACUUAUAAGUCCACUGUUACACCACCAGCUCUACAAUGACUUUUCUAUAGUGUGUAGACCACUAGUGUGUGGAACCCAUGACCACAUGGCUACACUUCUCCAUGUACCACCACCAUUCAGGAGCGAUGCCAUAAACGGGGAUUCAGUCAGUGGCCCUUGUGUGUACAUAUUUUUUUGUUUUGUUUUCCAUCUGCUUUAUUUAUUAACCCUUGCAGCUCCUUCCACACUUCCCUUAUCUUGAAUAAGCUUUUGCCGAUUAUCUUGGUGCUUAUUAUUUUUUAUUGUCUGUUAAAUACCUUCUUCAAAUGGUGCUAUGGAUUAUUGUACAUUUUAUUUUACUUUGAGGUGGGGAACCUUGAUUACAAGAGGGGUUUGGCUCUGCAUUUUCUUAAUUUUUUAUUUUUUUUUUAUUACCCCCCCCCCCCCCCCCCUUUAAAAAUAAAGGAAUGGGGGUGAGAUGUGGGUGCUGGCAGGGGUCUUAAACAGCGAGGAUCUGCAUUUCAGUAGUGGGAUUUGGGGCUCUGUGACCACAGAGGAUGGGGCGAGGAACUAUGUUUUUUUGUUUUCAAAAAAUUACAUCUGUUAGAUUCGGAGAGGGGUUAAAAAAUAUCAAACCACAGCACUGUGGCAAUGGAGGGGGUCAAUGGAUAAAUUGCAGCUGUCUGGCAGGAGGAGGGUUAAUGUGUCAGUGCUUUGCAGAUCUUUGGUGCUAAUGAAACCCCUCCAUGUUUUACCCCAAGACUGCAGAGCAUUGCACCCCCUCUCUCCUUUGUGUUUCACUUGGUGCUAAAAUACUUAUCCUGUGUGUUUAUUUUUCUUAAAGUUGAUUUACUAUUUGUGUGUGUUAUUGAGGGGGAAGUGGGUCUCUGGGUUCUGAUGCCUUGUUGGGGCUGUCAGUGCAUUGCGUCCCUCACCCAUUUGUACGUGACACAUCCAACAUUGCGUGACACCACUUAUAAAGCACAGUAUCCCUAACGCUGGGUCCAGUCGGCCAAUAAACUGAUCGUAAACGCCGUUCGCUCCUCCACUGUAAUGUCCGAUAUGCAUGCAAUGCACUUACACCCCACCAGAGAGCAGCACAACCAUUAGAGCUCCCCCUCCAUUAAAUCCUAGGGUUUUCCCUUCCUGUCUGUAACCCCCUACCCUCUACUCAAAAACAUCACUCAAACUCAAGACUUAUUAUUUUUAACUGAGCCAGCGAUUUUUUUUGUGAAUUUGUGAUAUUAAUAAAUCUGGUUAAAAAAAAAUAAAAAAUAAAGAUUUUGAUAAAAAAAAAAAUAUAAAAAAA